AUGGGCAUAUUCGGAAAAGACCCAACGGUGAACACAAAGGAGAAAGUACGUGAAUGGACCGGCAAAAUCCGGACGGAGAUGCGAGGGGUCGAUCGCCAAAUUCGCGGCAUUCAGCGCGAAGAAGAAAAGGUGAAAAACGAAAUCAAGAAGGCAGCGAAGAAAGGCGACCGGGAUGUGUGCCGGGUGCUGGCCAUGGAAUUGGUCAGGUCGCACAAAGCUAUAUCUAAGAUGUACGAAAGCAAGGCACAAAUGAAUUCUAUCAUUCUGAACAUGAACAACCAACUGGCGACACUGCGAAUGGUCGGCUCAUUGCAGAAGAGUUCUGAGGAGAUGACUAAGGCGGGCAUCAUCGAGGAACUGAUUGACGAAACCGUUGCCUCCACCUCGCAAGAUUCAGAGGACAUGGAGGAGGAAAUGCAGCAGGAGGUGGACAAGAUUUUGCACGAGGUGCUCGCUGGUGAGAUGGAACGCGUGCCACAGCCCAUCACCGAAGAGCCUGUGUUGCCUCCAGCCGAGAUGGAGGCGGCGGAUGCAGGCAGCGAACCGGAAAAGGAAUUAGAGGUCAUGAAAGCCCGCUUGGAAGCUCUGCGAAGCUGA